AUGUCUGCAAUCCCUUCAGCCGUCAAGACCACCCAGUCCAGCAUGAGUCCAGUAUCUAAGCCAGCAGAAAAGCCAGCCCCUCCAGCCAUGAAGACCAAUUCGACUGCGACUACCGAGUCCAACAUGAGCUCAGUAUUGAAGCCAGUAGAAAAGUCGGCCCCUCCAGCCAUGAAGACCACAGAGUCCAACAUGAGCUCAGUACCCAAGCCAGUAGAAAAAUCAGCCCCUCCAGCCUUGAAGACCCAUUCGAUUACCGAGUCCAGCAUGAAAUCUAUUUCGAAGCCAGUAGAAAAUUCAUACCAUCAAGCCGACAAGAAGAAAGUAAUCAUUAUUGGCGCCGGUGUCGGUGGUCUUGCUACUGCUGCCAGGUUAGCAAAAGCUGGUUUGGAUGUAACCGUCGUGGAGAAGAAUAACUUCAGCGGCGGAAGGUGUAGUUUAAUCGAAAAGGAUGGGUUCAGGUUCGACCGCGGUCCAAGUUUUUAUCUCAUGCCCGAGAUAUUCGAAGAUUUAUUCGAUGACCUUGGCGAGCGAGUUGACAAAUGGUAUCAGCUCAAGAGAUGUGAUCCAAACUAUGUGGUGCACUUUGACGACAAAGAAACCGUAACGCUCUCUUCUAACAUGCCCAAAUUGAAAAGUGAAAUUGAGCGGUUUGAAGGCAAGGAUGGCUGGGCCAGGUUCUUGAGGUUUAUGUCUGAGGGCCAAACUCAUUACGAGGUUUCGAUCAAAGAGGUUCUGCUCAAAGACUAUCCGACCUUCUUGUCCAUUCUCAAACUCGAGCUUGUGUGGAUGGCCUUGAAAAUCCACGUAUUUGAUAAGCUUCAUCGGAGAGCAAGGGACUACUUUUGGAGCGAACGUCUCCGCAGAGCAUUUACCUUCUCCAGCAUGUACCUGGGCAUGUCUCCAUACCGGGCACCUGCGACUUACAACUUGCUUCAAUACACCGAGCUGGCUCAAGGGAUAUGGUACCCAGUCGGCGGCUUCCAUCGCCUCCCGCGAUCCCUCGAAGCGAUCACAAAAAAGAAUGGCGGUCGAGUACUUUACUCAAGCCCUGUCAAGCGCAUCAUCUUAUCAGACGGCGAGAAGCGUGAGGCGUGUGGGGUUGAACUAGAGAAUGGAACUCGUCUUGAGGCCGAUGUGGUUAUAUCGAAUGCGGACCUGGUUUGGACAUACUCCAACCUGCUUCCACAAACCAAGUACACUCAGAAGCUCGAAAAUUCCCAGUUGACAUGCAGCUCGAUCUCCUUCUACUGGUCGAUCAAACGCAAGAUUCCAUCCCUCGUCACUCAUCAAGUCUUUCUGGCCAAGGAGUAUCGCGAAAGUUUUGACAUUAUUUUUGAUGGCCAUUCGAUGCCUCAUCAGCCGAGUUUCUACGUCAAUGUCCCCAGUCGAAUCGACCCUUCAGCGGCUCCUGACGGCAAGGAUGCUAUGAUUGUUCUCGUCCCGAUCGGUCAUCUCCACGCUAACAACCUCUCCAAGAAUUGGGAAAAAAUCAUCAGCCAUGCGCGUGAAUUUGUUCUGCAUACGAUGGAGAACAAUAUCCUACAGCCUGGUGAUCUCAAGGAGGGUGAACGCUUUUCAGACCUGAUCGAGUCUGAAUCAAUGAACACACCUCACACAUGGGAGAAGGAUCUUAACCUCUUCAAAGGCAGUAUCCUUGGACUCUCGCACAACAUCUUCCAGGUCAUCAACUUCCGUCCUCACAUCAAGCAUGAUACGAUCAAGCGGAUGUAUUUUGUUGGAGCUUCUACGCAUCCCGGGACAGGUGUGCCAGUAGUUGCAUGUGGCUCCAAGCUGACGGCUGAAAAAGUCCUUAAAGAUCUCAAUCUCGAUAUUCCUUGGGACCUAACUGUGCGCAGCAACAGGCCGAUCACCGUUGAUCCGGCCACCGAUCCCAGCGGCCGAACGACUAUGAUGAACAAGAUGUCCAAGCCGUGGUUGUUAGACUUAAAGGAGAACCACUGGAUCUUGAACAUCCUCUUCUUACCUCUCAUACUCCUCUUCAAGCUGGUCACCGAAUGA